AUGCAAAUAUUCGUACGUGGUGUCGAAUUAAUUCCAUUCGAAUUAGAAAAUGAUGAUACAGUGAAAGAUAUUAAGGAAGUCAUUGCAGAAGAGUAUGAACUUGAAAGUGAUGAUAUUCUUCUGAGUUUUAAUGGUGUUCCAUUAGGAGAUGAUCAGAAUGUAUCAAAUUAUGGAGUUACCCCUGGAGCUACAAUUGAUGCCAGUGUUAAACUUUUUGGAGGAAAAGUACAUGGUUCAUUAGCUCGAGCUGGUAAAGUCAAAGGCCAAACACCCAAAGUUAAUAAACAAGAAAAACAUAAGAAAAAAACCGGUCGUGCAAAAAGACGAAUGCAAUACAAACAACGUUUUGUUAAUAAAGUAUCAGCAUUUGGUCGUCGACGGGGUCCAAAUUCAAACCAAGCUUAA